AUGGAAGGUGCUUUCAGCAAUUCCAUGCCCUCACACUUCUCCUACACUUUCACCCCUGGGACUAGUAGUGCUUAUGCUACAGAUACUGUCACCAAUACUUGGAUGGACACCAGGAUAUGGAGUAAGCUCCCGCAAUCGCUGAUUGAUCGUGUAAUCGCCUUUCUUCCACCUCCAGCCUUUUUUAGAGCUCGUUGUGUCUGCAAGAGAUGGUAUAGUCUCUUGUUCUCCAACAAUUUUCUUGAACUCUAUAUCCAAAUAUCCCCACGCCGCCAUUGGUUCUUAUUCUUCAAGCACAAAAGCUUAAAAAGCUACAUCUGUGGAAACAACAGUAACACCACUCGUGGCAGUGGCGGCCAAACUAGUACAACCAAUAUAUUUGAAGGGUACCUCUUUGAUCCUUACGAUAUUGCAUGGUAUAGAAUUUCUUUUCCCUUGGUUCCAUCUGGGUUCUCGCCUGCUGCUGCUUCUGGUGGCUUAAUAUGUUGGGUCUCAGAUGAGGCUGGUGCAAAAAGUAUCAUUUUAUGCAACCCACUUCUUGGCUCUCUAUCUCAGUUGCCGCCAACGUUAAGACCACGUCUCUUUCCUUCAACUGGCUUAAAAGUUGGGCCAUCCUCAAUUGAUGUGGCUGUUGCAGGUGAUGACUUGAUUUCUCCAUAUGCAGUCAAGAAUUUAUCCACUGAAAGUUUUCAUAUUGAUGCUGGUGGGUUUUACUCUCUAUGGGGUACUACUUCUUCUCUUCCAAGGCUUUGUAGCCUUGAAUCAGGUCAAAUGGUUUGUGUUGAUGACAGAUUUUACUGCAUGAAUUACAACCCAUUUAGCGUUUUGGCUUAUGAAAUAGCAGCGAACAGUUGGUGCAAGAUUCAAGCUCCAAUGAGGAGAUUUCUGCGCUCGCCAAGCUUGGUUGAGAGCAUGGAAAAACUCAUUCUUGUUGCAGCAGUGGAGAAGAGCAAGCUCAACGUGCCAAAGAGCUUGAGACUUUGGAGCUUGCAAGCUUGUGGAACAACAUGGGUAGAGAUUGAAAGGAUGCCCCAGCAACUUUACCAACAAUUUGAGGAGAUGGAAGCUGGUCACGGGUUUGAUUGUGUUGGACAUGGUGAGUUUAUUGCUAUCAUUAUCAGAGGAUCGGACAAGGCUUUGCUGUUUGAUAUCUUAAGGAAGGCGUGGCAGUGGAUUCCUCCAUGUCCUUACAUAAAUCACGGAGGUGGAGGUGAUGAUGAAUUGCAUGGUUUUGCUUAUGAGCCUACAGUCACUACUCCAGUUACAGGCCUCCUUGAUCAGCUCACAAUCCCAUUUCAGUCAUUCAGUGGGUUAAUUGGCUAG